GAAUCCUCUGAGAUUUUCCUCUGAAUAAAGGGCCGUAAUUGAAAAAAUUAAAAAGAAAGAAAGAUUAAUAUUAUUUAAUUUUUGAUAUUUUUUAUCCAUACUUUCUUUUUGCUGCCUUUUGAAGCCUCGGUCCUCCCUACCUAUCACCACUCCUGGCCUUCAUUCAUUCGUUUCAAUUGCAUUUUCUAUCGAUUCUACACCAUUUCCUCGUCCGACCUCUGAAAGCUUACAUUUGUACAGUCAACAGCGGUAGCUGAAAAAAAAAAAAAAGCUAAUCCCCUUAACACCCUUUUUUUUGCCUUUGCCUUUCUUCUUGGUAAAUCCUCUCGUGCCCUCUCUUUUGCUUUUCGACGUUGCUUGUUAAUGAGGGUGUUCCUUGUUGCAUUCUUUACCGACCCAUUUAUAUCAUUGUUGGUGUAAAGUUCGUGAAACGGAAGCUCCAUUUUUAUCGGAUAAGCGGUUGAGCCGGGCUAUGCGCUUGUCGACAAGAAGGCUGUUGUGAAGUCCAUUAAAAAACUUACACAGAUGAGGGACCCUAAUAUGGUCGCCGGACGCGAAUGCCUUCUCCCAUUUGCGUCCGUUUGUAAUACAGUUUUCGCAUAGUUUGUAUAUAUUUAGAUACAUAUAUAUCCGUAAUGAUUUGUUUGUGAAUCGUCGAGUUGUUUAUUGUUUUUGCUAUUUAAUUUUGGAGCAUAUUGUAGAGGGUGAGUUGUGUUUAAAAAAAAAAAAAAAAACCUGGCGAUUUCGUUUAGUGUGUUGUUAAGCGUCGUGGCUGACCUCCAUCACUGCUGCUUUUGGUUAAUCAAGCGAUGGGGGGUAGAUGGCACCCCUAUGGACUUGGGUUCUUGUGUUUCGUCGCAGUGAUGGUUGUUUCGGGUAAUAGGGGGUGUUGGUCGCUCGACGGUGAAGGAUUGGCUUUGGUUGAAUUCCGGUCGAGAAUCCAUAGGGAUCCUUACUUUGUUCUUGCAAAUUGGGAUCCUAAUGACUCCGAUCCUUGCAUGUGGUCGGGAGUCCAUUGCGUGGAUGGUGAAGUGCAAAUGCUGAAUCUGAGUCAGCUUUCUUUGGAGGGGACACUGGCACCUGAGCUUGGGAAACUCAGUAACUUACGAUCCCUCAUACUCUUCAAGAAUCAUUUCUCUGGUGCCAUUCCUAAAGAGAUUGGAGAGCUUACAAAGCUGGAGCAAUUGGACUUGAGGGAAAAUAACUUGAGUGGAGCUAUUCCAGCAGAAAUAGGCAGGAUAUUGUUACUAAGACGCCUGUUACUUCGUGACAAUGAAUUUGAAGGUGGCAUUCCUUUGGAGGUCAGGAGGCUUAACUUGCUUUCUAAGUUGGAAAAUGAUGAUAACCUGACAGCUGUGGCCGUCAGAAUUGGCUGUAUGAAUAGAAAGUUUGGACACUUUUGCAGCAUCAGGCAGAUAAUUUCAAAACAGACCAAUAAGGCAGAUUCCAUUAUAAUCCCAGCUAAAGGAGCUUUUAGGCGUUUUCUCCAUGUCCUUCCUCUAUCACUGUUCAGGUUUGGAAAGGACAGGCGGUAUGGAAAUGGAGACAGUUGCUGCAGCAAUCUACCUAGUUCUUCAUCUAAGUCACACGUGGUCCAUUUUGCUCAGAAGCUUGUCAGUGUCACACGUCGUAGGCUACUUGAGCAAUCCAGUAACCUCGCAGCUGCACCUGCUAGUGACUGGUCCCCCUCUGGACAAAUCUUUGCUCUUCCAAUUACCAAGAGUAGUGGAGCUUUUCCAGCUGUACCAAAUGGAAAGAAGAAACAACAUUCCCCACCUGCACCACAAGCUUCGACUGCUGAUCCUUCCGUCCAUAAUAAUUCAAAAUCUGAUGACCAGUCUAUCCAAACCCCUACUGGUUUUGCCAAUCAACAGCCUUCUAGCGGUGGCACCUCUGGAAAUAUGUGGAAGUAUUUCAUUAUUAUUGCAGGUGUGGCUAUCUUGCUCAUUGUUGUUGCAGCUGUUUUCUGCAUGUUCCGAAGCCAAGCAGUGGCAACCAUAGGUCCUUGGAAGACUGGAUUGAGUGGACAGUUGCAGAAAGCAUUCAUUACAGGGGUUCCCAAGUUGAAUCGUUCAGAGCUGGAAACAGCCUGUGAAGAUUUCAGCAAUAUCAUUGACACUCUUGAUGGUUGCACCAUAUACAAGGGAACACUGUCCAGUGGAGUUGAGAUUGCAGUUGCGUCAACAUUAUUUAAAUCUUCCAAAGACUGGUCAAAUAGAUCAGAGAUGGCAUAUCGGAAGAAGAUUGACAUACUGUCACGGGUGAAUCAUAAAAACUUUGUCAAUCUUAUUGGAUACUGUGAGGAGGAUGAACCGUUUGCCAGGAUGAUGGUGUUCGAGUAUGCUCCAAAUGGAACCCUCUUUGAGCAUCUUCAUGUUAAAGAAAUUGAACAUCUUGACUGGAGUGCAAGGAUGAGGAUUAUUAUGGGAACAGCGUAUUGUCUUCAAUAUAUGCACCAUGAUCUAAAUCCACCCGUAGCACAUUCUAACCUGAAUUCAACUGCUAUCUAUUUAACAGAUGAUUAUGCUGCUAAGAUUGCAGAAAUCUGUUUCUUGUCAAAGGCUGCAUCCAAGUUAAAGACCAUCAGUGAAGAAGAAGAAAAAGAGGAUUCAAAAUUGCCACCGCUUGCUGAUCCAGAAACAAAUAUCUGCAGUUUUGGAAUAUUGUUGCUCGAAAUAAUAUCUGGGAAGCUUCCUUUCUCGGAAGAACAAGGACACCUUGUUAACUGGGCUUCUGAAUAUUUAAAUGACAAACGGAGAAUCAGCUACAUGAUUGACCCAACCCUCAAAUCCUUCAAAAAUGAUGAGCUCGAUGUUAUCUGUGAAGUUAUCCAAGAAUGUAUACAACCAGAUCCAAGGCAGAGACCAACAAUGAAGUGCAUCAUUGCCAAAUUGAGGGAAGUGAUUGCUAUUUCACCUGAUCAAGCAACACCAAGACUUUCUCCCCUCUGGUGGGCUGAACUCGAGAUCUUAUCCACGGAGGCAACUUAAGUCCUCUCCCACAUGACUCUUUGUGCUGUAAGUCAAGUCUCUCUCUCUCUCUCUCUGUAUCUGAGUGCUGAAGAGUAGCCUUUAAUCAGUUCCACCACCACAUAACUGAAUCUUGUCAAUAUAUAUUUGGUUCUCAAAUCCGGCCUGUCUCUAUUUUUAUACGUAUAUAUGUUCUUAUUAUCCGUUCUAUUCAGAUUCUUCCUGCUUCUCCCUCGAUUCUGAGCAAUAGUUGUGUGCUCAAGUGUGGUGUUGUUGUCCCACCUAAAUACCAUACCAGAUAUUUGUAUAUUUAUGAUCAAAGUUUGAGAUGUAAGAUAUUAGCAUACCAGUCAGUCCAGCAAACGUGUGCAAUUGUGAACCUUCUAAUAUACACGUCUUUUUCAU